UUUAGCUAGAUCUACCUACGACGCAUACUACUCCUCCUCCUCCUACUGCUACCGCGGAGUAGCUAAUCGCAAGUCGCCAGCGCCUAAGGCUGAAGGAGAUCAACAGUAGCCUCUGGGUUUUCUCCCACCACCCAUAAUAUCUCUCGCCUCCACGUCCCGCAGCUAUGGGUGAUGCCAUUGUGACGACAGCGAAGCCGCCGCAGAUCGCGAUCGUGGGCGGCGGCAUCGUCGGGAUCAUUCUUGCUCUCGGGCUGACCCGGCAGAACAUCCCAGUGCGCGUCUACGAGCAAGCACGCGGGUUCCGAGAGGUCGGUGCCGGCAUCGCCUUCUCGGCGUGCGCACGCCGCUGCAUGGAACUCAUUAACCCAGCGGUCGUCGACGCUCUAAGACGCUGCGGCGCAGUAUCCAUAUCGGAUGACGACGACAGCGACGAUUACCUGCGUUGGAUUGACGGCUACAACCAACACCUCAAGGACGACCCCACCUACCAGAAGCCGCUAUCCCAGAUCAGCGGUGGCGGCUUCAGGGGUUGUCGACGAGACCAGUUCCUGGAGGAGCUCGAAAUCGACGUUCCUCCCGGCACGAUCGAGUUCGGGAAGCGGCUAGAAGGGCUGGAGCAGGCCAAAGACGGGAGGGUCAUCCUCAGCUUUGCCGACGGAACCAGGGCCGAGGCCGAUGCUGUUAUUGGCUGCGACGGCGUCAAGUCCCGCGUCCGCCAGCAUCUCUUCGGCACAGACCAUGAAGCGUCCCACCCUCAGUACACGCACAAGAUAGCGUACCGAGGCCUCGUGCCGAUGGAUCGCGCGAUCGACGUGCUGGGCGACUGGAAGGCGCAUAAUUUCCACCACCACGUCGGGCCUGGCGCCCACCUCACCCACUAUCCGGUAGCCAACCACAAAUUCCUCAACGUGGUCGUCUUCCUCUCCGAUCCCAACCCGUGGCCCGACUACAACAACAUGGUCGCCGAGGGCACUAGAGAAGAAAUUGAGAUUGCCCUCCGCGGGUGGCACCGUACGGUGCUCGACCUCGUGAAAUUGCUCCCAGACAAGAUGAUCACCUGGGCCCUGUUCGACCUCGGAGAGUUCCCGGUACCGAGAUACAACACCAGAAAUAUAUGUCUGGCCGGCGACGCUGCGCAUGCGUCCAGCCCCCACCACGGUGCAGGAGCUUGUGCCGGGGUCGAAGACGCGCUGUGUCUCACUGCCCUCCUGGGCCAGGUCUGCGCGACACCGCCGCCCGAUGGGGACUACGUACGCGCUCUCGGGGCAGCGUUUGAGACGUUCGACGCCGUCCGGCGCUCGCGCACCCAAUGGCUCGUCAACAGCAGCCGACGCGUCUGCGACCUGUACCACCAGUCCGAGUGGGCGGAUCCCAGGCGCUGGAUCAAGGCCGAGACAUGCUUCGAGGAGAUCCGCGAUCGCUCAUACAAGAUCUGGCAGUUCGACGCCGACGACAUGGUGCAGCGGACCCUGGCGGACUUCGAGAGGAGGUUGGCGAAAGAGAGCAACGGCGGAGUGACUGUGCACUGAGAUGAGAAAUAAGGAUCCU